UGCUAGUCGUAACACAUGAGUCUGACUCCCCUAGUAGUACUUACGUACUAAUAUGGCGAUGCUGAAAAAAACCGGUUAAUUUGUUGAUGUUUUAUAUAUACGGGUUGAUUUAAAAGAACUCGCGAAGAUGAUAAAAAUAUCGGCGCUAAAUGAGGAAUCUAGUGAAGAGAGCGAAGACGAAGAUGUGCCAACGAUCACGAAAGAAGCUCAAGAACAAAUAGCUCUCACUGAAUAUAAUAAAGCCUUAGUAUUAUUGAAGGAGAACAAACAGGAAGAUGCUCUAAAUAUUUUUAAAGAUCUUUUAGAAACUGAACUGUUAGACGAGGUUGAAAAACCUGAUGUGUCUGAUGGCAGAUCUAGGCCAAUGUUGUUGUUAAAGUAUUCUUGUUUCAAAAAUAUUGCUGCUAUAAGAACUGCAACAGGAAAUUACGAUGAAGCAAUAGAAAAUUAUUGGGAAGCUGCAAAUUUGGAUGAUACGGAUGUAACAUUGUGGUAUAGGAUAGGCACUUUAGCUAUGAAAACCUCUAACUUAGAGUUAGCUUGUUCAUCAUUUAAGCAAGGUUUAAAGUGUAAUUCAAAUCAUUGGCCAUGUUUAGAUGAUAUGAUAACUGCCUUAUAUGCUGUUCCUGAUUAUAUGAAUUGUCUUUUAUAUAUUUCUAUGGCAUUAGAACGUGACCCCACAUAUGUGAAAGGUUUGGCUUUCCGUGACAGAAUAUUCAAAGACAUUCCAUGCCUUCAAGAAUGUUACAAAUUGUAUAAUAGUGAUUGGCAAUUAGAUCCUCCAUUGUACACUGAAUAUGAUCACAUAGUAGGAGAUAAAUUAUUAGCAGAAGCAAAAGAUGUUGCCACAAGAUGGGCAGAAACAUGUAAAAUAGAAUUUACUCCAAAACCACUACCAGACCUGACACUAAGAAAACCAAUAAAAAGCUGCACCUGGUUAGAUGUUGGAGAAAGUUUAUUAGAUAUACAUAGAUACAUCACUGAAAAUGACUUAAGUUUUGUUAGUAGAAUUAAUUUAACAAUUCUUAAUCCUGAAGAAAUACUUUUAAAAGUAAAUAAUGAAGAUGUUACCCAAGUCAAUAAUGAAACGAAUAUCAAUCAAGAUGUAUUGCAAGAUAUUUCCGUAAAGAAAGAAAAUGAUACUGAGAAACUGUCAAAAAUGGACACGGAUGAAGUAAAUUUUCCAUUUGAACCAAUGGAUGACAAUCAAAUGUGUGAUGGCGGUGACACUGUAAUGGAAGUUGAAGAAGAAGAUGAUAAAAAAUCAUGUUCUAGUGAUGUACAGAUCAUAGAGGAUGAGGAUCCUCUGAGGAUUUCAGACACAGAGCAGGGUAUUUCAGAGCAAAAUCAAGUACAAAAUGAAUCAGUAGAGCAAAAUAAUUUUGAAAUAGAUGAGAAUGGCGAGAAGUUACAUUCUGAGAAAAUAGUGGAUGAUACUUCUAACACUGGUAAUGAAGUACAGAAUGAUAAAGUUAGUGAUAAAGAUAGCAACAAAUCCAGUGAAAAGCCAUAUGAAAAAGACUUAAAGAAAGCAGAUAAAAUACAGUGCAGGGGAGAAGAAAAAUGUAAUGAUAAAAAUGAGACAAAAGAAGAAGGACAAAAGGUGAAGAAAAGACGGAGAAGUGCUCUGUGUUUUUUGCAACAAUGGGCUUGGAGCUGCAAUAGUAUGAGACGAUCGGCGAGAGUGAGAAGUUCAAACAGAAGGGAAGCUGAAAGAGACGAUGUUCAAUUAGAAGAGACUCUUCGAAGAAUAUUUCCUAGCACCUUAUUACCAGACACAGUGAAACUAACCAAAGAUGAUCCAUCUAAAAAUAUGGACGAUUCUAUGGAUACAAUGGACUUGUAUCAACUGUUUGCAAAUCAAGAAAAUAAUAGUAUCGCUACGGAAACAAUCAAAAGUUCGGAAAGUUCAAAAUCACCGAGUCCCGAUACAAGUCAGCAGCAAAAUUAUUUUGGUACAGAAUCUGAAACAGCUGAUGUGAACAUAUUUAUUACUGAACACAGUGGUAAAAGCAAUUUAAUGAUAAUCAUAGCAAAAUAUACAGAAUUUUUAUGCACUAAGUGGAAUCGAGAAUGGCCAAAAGGAAUGUCAGAAAUAUAUUUACAAGCUUAUACAUUUAUGAGAGAACAUAUUCCACAUCCAUCACCAUUUGAAGAAGAUGUAAACGAUGAUAUUUUAAAAUUAGAUGCUGAAAUGACUUUAUUAUUCGGUGAACUUCAUACAGAUAGGUGGUUGAGUAAUAAACCAGACAUCCUACCUUCUUCUACAUUAGAUAAACUUGGUACAGGAAUGCCAUCAGAGGAAUUAGGUCAUAUAAUUUUUACAAGUGUCAGACAUGAUAUUUUAAAUGAAGAAAAUAUUUUCAUAUUAUUGAGGGUUUUAUGGCUUAAAGCCAAUAUCUUUUUGUGCCAAGGUGACACGGAUAUCGUCAUCGAAACUAUAGAAUUAUUGUUAAAUCAUAUGCAAGAAUUGGAAAAGAAGAAUCAAAAUAUUUAUCUUAAAUUGCCUAAUUGUAAAUGUAAUUCUCGCAUCAGUAUUAAAAUUGUGGAAAAGAAGCUAAGAUCCAUUCAGAGGGGACAAAAGCUAGGAGAGAUACAAAGCCUGUAUGAUGAAAAAAAAUAUGCAGAACUAGCCUACAUAUUGCAAGAUACGUUUAAAUUCGCGAAACAGGGAAAUAAAUUGUUGUCCGUUAACGAUAACAUUGUCGAUAGAGUUCAACAGUUAUCGAUGUUAUUAGAUAGUUUAUGGCAACUUCAGCAAUAUGAAGAAUGUUACGUAUGGGCAGAAGCGUGUCUUAACGAGGCAUGGCAGAAUUACAUAAAUGCUUUUGAUGAAAUUGAACAAAAGAAGUGGACAAUGUCUGUUCUAACGGCACUUGAAAAGCUGGAAGCAUGCACAGUUGAAGUUAGCACAUUCAUUCUAAGGUAUUUGCCCGAGAAUCGUCUUUCGAGAUUAGUUCAGAAUUUGGUUCACAUCGUUUGCAGUCAAUUGGAUGUAUCUGACACUACUGUGGAAAUGCCACUUGAAACCGUUCUCCCCUGGAUCCUAUUACACUAUAUUUUACAGUACAAAGAGGACAAAGAGAGAGCAAAGGUUGAGUCGUCAUACAAAAAUAGACAGCACAGUUCCAACUACUCCGAAUCAGAUGACGAAGAUGAAGGUGUUCCAGCAUCUAUAAUGAUUUUAUUCAUUGCUCAUGAAUUCAUGGGAAGACAUUCAUGGUGUUGUUAUAACGAGGCGAAGCUCUUGUUCUUCACCUUGAAUCUGGUAAUUCCAAAGUUAGAAACACCACAGUUUGUCAGUAUAAAGAGCAAAGUUUCUAAAUAUCUGGAACAGAUAUUUUAUUGCCUGUAUGGCCAUUAUAAUAGAGUGAACAAAGGGCGCCCGAAGCAUCUAGAGGAACACGGUGUUCCUAAGAUGAAAGUAACUUGGGAGGGAGCGCAAUUGCUGUUCGAAUUCUAUAAGCCCAAGCAGAUACCAGAAUUUUGCUCGCCUAGAUCUCUAACAAUUAGUGCGGACACGGAAGAGCUUUUCAAGCGCAUAAUGAAGCUAAUUCCUUCAGAAAGCGAUCCAAGUCAAGUGAUAGAUGAAAUGAGAGCCUACAUAAUGAGUGAACGAGAUACGAUGCCAACGGUUAAGAAACCUUUGCCACACUCUAUGUCCACCAUUUACUACUUGUUGGGAGAUUUUUAUUUCAAGAAUGGCAAGUGGAGUGUAGCGAUUCGUUAUUAUUUAUUAGAUUUGUGUUUCCAUCCGUCAAGGUUAAGCUCUUGGACUGGCUUAGCAAUGUCAUCGGGCACUGUAAUAGAGUCCUGGUUAAACAAAUAUAAACCAAUAAACGAAGAUAAACUUCUAGCAAAGGCGAAGUUGACUCAGUCCAGUUAUAGGCAUGCUGUAGAAUUGGACUCUUGUAAUCAUAUUAUAUGGACAGAAUAUGGAAGCUUUGCCUAUGUUGUUCACUCGUUCUGUUCGCGAUUGUUAAAGCAAGAGACGGACACGUUGAGUAUGGAACGGUUCGAAUUUUUAGAAACUCGAAAAGAAGAAAUGUUGGAAAUCGCGGAUCAAUGUUUCCAGUCCUGUGCACGUUUAUUUAUUGGAAUCAAGGAUGGAACAAUACGCCACGAUGAAAGAUGGCUUUACCAGUAUAUGCUUGGUAAAAUUACAGAGAAAAAAAACCAGGAUCCUCCAAUAUUUUUGGAAUAUUAUGCAAAGGCUAGCGAAUUGUUGUAUCAUAAUAAUGCACAAUACCCACGUAGAAUAAGCCACAAGUGUCCACAGCAUCUUUCAGUUGAAGCAUUAGAGGUGCAUUAUCGUAUCCAUGCGAGUAUAUUGAAAUAUCUGGAACAACACGAGGGCAAACCUCUGAAGAAAUCAUUAGGACAAGUGUUGCACUUGCAUUUAGAGAAGUGCGCUGAAGGGCCCUUCAUGAAGUACAGUUCGAAGCUGAGCGAAAGAGGUAAAGAAGAUGGCUUUUUUGCGGGUAACAAAAACACUGGAAAAGAAGUAGAGCUUUCUGCCGAGGGAGACAGAAAUGUUGUUACUGUUUGUCAGCGUUCGAACAGCAUUGAGGAAAUCGAAAUAGUAGAUAGAACGAACAAAGGUUUCAGUACGAAUCAGCGUGUCGAGAAAACAGAAAUGCGUAAGCGUCCUCUGGCCGACAUGCCGCACGACAACGUGAAGAAGAUAAAGCUUGGCAGCGUAUCGCAUUUACAAUUGAUGCAAGAUGUCGUAGCUCUAAUAGAUGAUGUGAUUACGAAAGUUUGUGUCAUGGUCUCGCAGAAAGAAAAAGGAGAUGACAUUAUGGUGUUGUCAAGUGAUGAGAGCAAUGAGUCGAAGUCGCAGAGGAAAAGAGCGAGGACAAAGAAUGUUGAAAAAACGAAAUUGCAGGUGAAAUCUUCCAUCGAGAAUAAAAAGGAUUUUACGAACCCGUUGAAAAUGGGCAGCGCGAAUGAACCCGAAGAAAAAUUAGAUAAUGUACAGGAUUUAAUGGACGCGCUAAUGAAACAAGCGAUGGAGGUUAGUCAGGAAACGCGGCAAUCAACGCCCGAAGACGAUGACACUAGAAAAUUUGAUGGGAAAUGGCUGCAAAGCGACGACUUACACGGCAGUAGCAAAGACAUGAAGGAAAAGUCUGGUGAUAAAAAGAAACUAGCAAGUACGACCAAGGAAGAAGUAACAUUAAGUAGAAGAGGUUCCCAAGAAAGCACCACGACAACACAAACAACCACGACAACAACGGAAACGAAUAAUUCCAGUUCAAGCAGUAGCGAUGAAUCGAGCAGUAGCGAAGACAGUUCUGAUAGCGAUAGUUCAAGUGACACUGACAGUGACUCUGGUGAAAGUGACAGUGAAAAGAAGAAAAAGGACUCUAGCUUCGCCCAAAAGGAAGAAAAUAUGACAGAAGAAGAAGUUGCUACAUUGAUAGCAUACUGUUUAGCUGGUCUAGAACAGUGUAUUUUAAGAUUCUCUGAACACUACAAGUCAUUCUAUAGAUUGUCACACUUCUUCUUCAAUAAUAAGACUGCCAAAGAUAUAACCAAAUGCAGAAAUCUUUUGCUAGACAGCUACAAUUGCCAGUUUUAUCAGGGUGAGAAUUUUCAAGGACUUUUUGCUGAUAGGAAGAGUACUAAUUUCUUCAGUGGUGUUUGGCAUAUACCAAAUGGAGAAGUAGAUAGACCAGGAAGCUUUGCAUUUCAUAUGUCAAGAUGUGUAACAUUAUUGAUGCAAGUACUUAAAGAAACAAAUGAUGGCCGAAUGUUAAUGCAAUUAAGUAUACAACUUGGGAAGAUACCAGAAUCAGACAAGAAAUAUUUACGUGAUACAGAAAGGGAGCAAUUGUCUCGUCAAGCGCUAACUCUCUGCUUACAGUCUCUUAGAACAAAAGUGCAAUUAAUGGGACCUACUACUUCUGAUCCUGCAUCUAGCAAAAAUCCAGAUGCUCGAACUCAAGUACUGCUUGAUACGUAUUGGGUAUAUCAGAGAGCUGUAAAAAAUUUUCAAACUAAGGAACAAACUAUACAGACACUUUCUGCUUUGCUAGUGGACACAUAUAAAACAUAUGUCGGUAACAAAAACUUGGAAGGAAAUAUUUUGGAAAUUGCUACAAAAUUCUGUAAUGAUUAUAAUUAUAAUCGCAAAGUUUUAAGCAAAUUCUUCUCUAGUCUUGACAAACCUACCACGGAUACUCAGGCACAACCUCAAGCUGUUUCUCCAACUCCUCAGGUGGUCACAACUCAACCUCAGAUUAAUUCAACAUCGUCACAAUCAUCUCAAAACCGAAAACCAUACAAAAGUAUGACAUCCACUGGUCGACCAAGAGGACGACCGCCGAACGUUAAUAAGUAUUUGCAAGCCAUGCAACAGGGUAGCAACACAAUGAAUCAGUUCAACACAAAAGCGAACUUCACCAAUUACAUGGGAGCUUCUGGAAAUCGUUCAUUGAUGAAUCCUUACUUCAUGCAUCCGCUAGUCGAUCCAAACAUAUUAUCAGCUAUAUUAACUAGUGGUUUAAGCGGUAGCAUGAUGGAUCCUCUAUCAACCAUGAAUUACUUAAAUCAAAUGGGUAGUUAUCAAGACAUUCUCAGACACUAUCAGAACAAUCUCUCCUCGUUGUCCAACCUGACUAGUGGCUUAAAUAACAUAAUUGCUACCGCGCCUAAUAUUAGCAAUGUACCUACAAUGAGUACAUCUACCUCUAGUAUUAAUACCACCCCCAGUAUGAGCAAUUUAGGUAACUUAAAUAAUCUGACGGUACAACAACUGUUAAAUUUAAGUAACUCCACGGCCACUACUGUACGCUCUACACCUAUGUAUCAGCAGGCAGCUACGACAAAGACGACCACUACCACCGCAUCGAUCACUAAAGAUAGACCUAGUAUAUCGAUAACGCCGGUGAACACAGUGCCGCCUAAAAAUAAACCUUCUAAACAAAGCUCGCAAAGCGACGCGUUGCCAAUCCAACUUUCAAAGUCUCUGCAAAUAUCGCAGCCUUCAAAACCAGUUCUUCAACCACCAACUACCCAAGUUUCCCUUUUGAAACCAUCCAUUGUUCAGCAUGUUAAAACCAGUCCACCGAAACAGAUGAGCGCGCCUCAAAUUCGAGUUUCAAAGUCACUGACCGAACCCCAACCAGCACACAAUCCCUCAUUAUCGCAUUCUCCAUUAAAAAGUAGCACCACUACGAAUUCAACAGUGGUACCACAAGUUGCACAUACCACAAUAGGUCCAUCGAUGGGCCUAAAACAAACGUUACCGAUGAAUGUACCUACUCCUCAUUCAGGGACAUCACUACAACACAAAUUGUUGUCAAAGAAGAAUUCACAGCGCCCAUAUUCACAAGUGAACGUGCAAAACCCUAUGAGGAAAAUGAAACCAGCCAAAGCGAUACCCACGUUACCUAGCAGUUUCUCUACUCUGUUGAGUGCGAUGCCUGGCAGCUCAUCCAUGACGCAACCACCUUUCAUACCGCCUGAACUAAGCGGAAUCUCUGUGAGUCCUGUGAAUCCUCAAACUGGAUUAAAAGGUACAGGUAUGAAAUAUACGAAUUACAAAAAAUCAUCUGUAAAAACGAACCCACCAGCCUCCAUAGAUACCACCAGUUCUUUGACCAGUUCGUUCCCUCAAGGGAGCUCUGUGGAGGCUCUAUCGAUGCUUUCCCAACUUAAGCAACAUUCGCAUUUGGAGAUUAUACCCCAACAAAAACCACAAAUGAAACCAACUAUGGAGUAUCCAAAGAAUUUAUCUUCCGGUGUAAGCGUAGUUCCACAAAAAGUAUCAGAUCCUUUGAGGCCAUCAAACGCAGAUUGUAUGACUAUAUUUGACUUACCUAGGGGAAAAUCGAGUAGCGUUUCUAGCAAAAAAGGAGAUAAAACCGCUAAUGAUAGCGUUGAAAUUAUAACAGAUUGCAUGACUAUAUUUGAUUUACCUAGGGGAAAAUCAAGUAGCGUUUCUAACAAAAAAGGAGAUAAAACCGCUAAUGAUAGCGUUGAAAUUAUAACAUUAGAUGAUUGAAUGUCCAUAAUGAAGAUAAGAUUAAAUUAUCUCUCCCCCUAAAUUGACAAUUCACGUUAUGGUUGAGUAUUGCAAUUAUCAGUGGCAAAUUAUAGAGUUCGUUACGUAUUAUUGACAAGGUGUAUAAUUAUACGAACGAUAUUUUAUCAUACUAACACCUUUGCAACAAUACGGUUUCCAUUUCUAUUGAAGACGACUGAUUAAUAAAUUGCUAGCCUUCUCACUUUUGUGCCUAAUGGAAUCGUUCUAUAUGAAGCAUUUAAAUGUCACAUACGAGAAUAGAUAAUAAUAUGUACAUGUAUUCUAAAUCGUGAAAAUAAUUAAGAACCUAACUUUUCACGUAUUCGGUACGUCUCAAGAUAACAGUUUUUUAAUACCGUUUAUUUUCGAAGUGUUCCGAUAACAAUUUAAAUAGCAUAUAUUACGGCGAUUAUUAUUUCACAAUAAUUCCAGAAAAAUGUUCUUGCAUAUUGAAAAAACAAUACAUUAUUUUUCUACUGUGUAUAU